CACCGCACCGCACCCAAAACGAAAACAAAAAAAAAAAAGAAAAGAAAAAAAAAGAAACAAAAAACCAGCAGCGAGACGAGACGAGACGAGAGGAGGAGCAUCUUUAAUAAUGGCCGCCUCCCUCCCUUCCCUUUGUCCUCGUUUCCGCCGCGCGAUAGAUAGGGACCGGUGAUCGGCGACCACCCAGAUGGCGGCGGCGUCGUCGUCGUCGCCGGCGGUGCGGGUCGACAAGGCGACCAGCGAGCUGCUGCUCGGCCCCGACUGGACCCUCAACAUCGACAUCUGCGACGCCCUCAACUCCGAUCACGGGCAAGCAAAAGAGGUGAUUAAAGCUUUGAAGAAGCGUCUCCAGCACAAAAAUUCAAAGGUUCAAUUUUUUGCUUUGACGUUAUUGGAAACUAUAAUGAAGAAUUGUGGGGAUCAUGUGCAUUCACAAGUUGCAGAGCGUGAUAUACUGCAGGAGAUGAUCAAAAUUGUGAAGAAGAAGACUGAUAUGCAAUUGAGGGACAAAAUUCUAGUACUCCUUGAGUCCUGGCAAGAAGCAUUUGGUGAGAACGGUGGAAGGCAUCCUCAGUACUACUGGGCAUAUGCUGAAAUAAAGAAAAUGGGCUUGGAGUUUCCUCAGCGAUCACCUGAUGCUGCACCAAUACUUACUCCAAUCACACGCCCAGGUUCUUUGGAACCAUAUCAUCAACCAAGUCAUGGAAUGCCAGUUAAUUCUUCCUCUAGACUUGAUGAGGCAAUGUCAUCUAGCGGGCCUUCCCUGAGUUCAUUGGACUUGGAACGCAUGUUAAGCACUGUUGAACUAUUAAGCGAGAUGCUGAAAGCAGUGAAUCCACAUGAUCGCAGGGCUGUCAAUGAUGAAAUUAUCACAGAGCUUGUGAAACAAUGCCGGUCGGACCAGAAGAAGAUCGUAAGUUUGGUAACUUCACUGAGAGAUGAGGAGCUCUUGGGCCAAGCUCUUGACUUGAAUGACAGGAUGCAGACUCUUCUUACGAAACAUGAUGCGAUUGCUUCUGGUUCUCCUCUACCUGAUGAAGAAGCAGUUGUCAUGAAUGAAGCACCAGCAGAAACCACUUCAACUACAGUGGCAACAGGGGCUCCUCGAGCUGCAGUUGCUGCUAUAGUACCAACCAAUGUUUUUGAUGAAGAGGAUGAAGAUGAAGAUGACGAGUUCUCCCAGCUCGCUCGGAGGAAUUCGAAAUUGAGGUCUAGAAAUGCUGAAAGCACCUCUUCUGGUGUAGGCACAUCUUUGUCGACCACCCAUGAUGAUGGGAUAACAAGUUCAGCAUCCUCUGGUGCCUCUACAGUUUCACCACCCGUUCAAUGCAAUGCAUUGGCACUGCCUGAUCCUCCAGCUCCUGUAAGAACAGCAGAAGAGCAAGUUAUGAGUGACCUUCUUGCACUCACUGUGUCAUCAAACCCUUCACCACCUCAUACACCCCCAACACCUCAGGCUGCCUUGAAUCAAGGUGGCUUCCCAGCAGCCAAUGAUCAUCCACAGCCUUCUUACUCAAACCAAGGACUUGGAGCUGCACCAUACAGCAGCUAUGUCGCUCCAUGGGCUCAGCCUCAGCCUCAGCCUCAAACUGCAGGCGUUGAGCUUCAGCAGCAACCACCACCCCAGUCACAAUUGCCCCACAACUCAUCUCCUUACCCGCCACCGCCAUGGGCAUCGGAGGACACCACGGAGUCCAACCCUUUCAUCGCAGCCUCAGUGCCACCGCACACAUCCACUUCCAGCUCUUCUGUGAACUCACCACCACUGAAUUUGAGGCCUCUACAGCAAUCACAUUCUUUCGGGGUGCCGCCUCGGAAUGCCGUUUCGCAAUCACCGAUAAACGGGAGCACGAAGCAACCGAUGUCUGCAGGAGCUCGCAGGCCAUCUUAUGUUUCUUCGAACAAGUACUUUGAUGAUCUGUUUGAGAAGAAUGCUGAUGGCAGCCUGAUGAAGCUGGGCACUAGCAUCGGUGGAGGCGCAUCCUCGCCAUACAAGGCAUAGUGCUUGAGAUUUCUGACAGAGGAGUACGAAACUGUUGGACUAGCUUAUCUGCUUAUCUUGAGCUUUUUGAUUUGUGGCCAGAUUCUGUGAAGAUACCUAUUGCCAUGUCAGAUUGAUUUGGUUGGUUCUUCUGAAAGGCAUACUGGCUAGUUAAUAAAUAAUUUAUGCGAAAACAAGAUAUGUAUUGCA